CACAGCUCAAUUUAAAAAAAAGUUAUCGUUUAUCAAUGCCUUUAUUUUAUUUUACACUGGUCUCGGGACUCGGGAGAAUAACUUUUUUUUGAAACAUUGGUUUAGAUUCCUUGUCAAAAUCUGAAGUAUCCAUGGUUAUGGAGCUAAGCUAAAUGGGUAUCCCCAGUAGAGUUUGCUGCACAAUGGUGUCUUCGUGUUGGUUAGGGCUGUUGAUCUUAUGGUGGAGCUGCAGGUCCGCAAUGGGUGAAGAGACGAAGUACGCCAAGUACAUGGACCCGAAGCAGCCUACCGGUGCCCGAGUGAAGGAUCUGCUGGCAUCCAUGACUCUAAAGGAAAAGAUUGGUCAGAUGGUUCAGAUUGAUCGGAGUGUUGCCUCUCCUCAGGUCAUGAGGGACUACUUCAUCGUUGAUAGUUUUUCUACAAGGGAUCCAGAACUUCUGAGGAGGAUUGGGGAAGCUACUGCUCUUGAAGUCAGAGCCACAGGGAUUCCGUAUGUGUUUGCUCCUUGCAUUGCGGUUUGUAGAGAUCCUAGAUGGGGACGAUGCUAUGAAAGUUAUAGUGAAGACCCAAAGGUUGUUAAACAGAUGACGGAUAUUAUACUUGGCUUGCAAGGAGAAAUUCCCAAAGGCUCGAAGAAGGGUGUUCCUUUUGUUGAUGGAAAAAAGAAGGUUGCUGCUUGCGCCAAGCACUUUGUUGGUGAUGGGGGCACGACUAAGGGCAUUGAUGAGAAUAACACCGUAACCGACGCACACAGCUUAAUGAGCAUCCACAUGCCUGCCUAUUCUGAUUCAAUCAUCAAAGGUGUUUCGACAGUCAUGGUUUCUUACUCUAGCUGGAAUGGAAAGAAAAUGCAUGCAAAUCGUGACCUAAUCACUGGGUUCCUAAAGGGUACACUUAAGUUCAAGGGAUUUGUUAUAUCGGACUGGCAGGGUAUUGACAGGAUCACUUCUCCAGCUCAUUCAAACUACACAUACUCGGUUCAGGCUAGCAUUUUAGCUGGCAUAGAUAUGGUUAUGGUGCCUUUCAAUUAUACAGAGUUCAUUGAUGAUCUCACUUUCCUUGUAAAGAGCAAAAUUAUUCCAAUGGGUCGUAUUGAUGAUGCAGUAGAGAGGAUUUUACUAGUCAAGUUCAACAUGGGACUCUUUGAGGACCCCUAUACUGAUCUAAGUUUGGUACAGGAGGUUGGAAGCCAGGCACACAGGAAUCUAGCAAGAGAAGCAGUUAGGAAAUCACUUGUACUGCUGAAAAAUGGGAAAACGGCUGAUGACACAUUACUACCACUUCCCAAGAAAGUGCCCAAAAUAUUGGUUUCUGGUAGCCACGCUGAUAACUUGGGUUACCAAUGUGGGGGAUGGACAAUUAAUUGGCAGGGUUUUAGUGGUAACAAUGGUACACGAGGAACUAACAUCCUUAGUGCCAUAUACUCUGCAGUAGACAAGGACACUGAAGUUGUUUACAGGGAGAAUCCUGAUUCUGAUUUCAUUAAAUCCAACAACUUCAACUACGCCAUUGUUGUUGUUGGUGAGUACCCUUAUGCUGAGAUGGUAGGGGAUAACCCUACUCUUGAAAUAGCAGAUCCCGGGCCCACUGUCAUUACCAAUGUCUGUCAAUCAGUGAGGUGUGUUGUGGUCAUCAUAUCUGGACGCCCUCUUGUGAUACAACCUUACAUUUCAUUAAUCGAUGCACUUGUAGCAGCUUGGCUUCCUGGCACGGAAGGUCAGGGUGUGACUGAUGUCCUCUUUGGGGACUAUGGUUUUACUGGCCAGCUUUCGACAACGUGGUUUAAGACUGUUGAUCAACUUCCAAUUAAUGUUGGUGACUUGCAUUAUGAUCCACUGUUUCGUUUUGGAUUCGGGCUAACAACCACGCCCUCAGUCUCCAGGUAAAAUAUCCAUCACUUAGGGUAUGCUUUGGAGGCGGAUAAAAAAGCUUGGUAACUUUA